AUGACGAGGAGCCUUUAUAAAGGAGACAACAUUGAUGGAGUGACAUUAUGUUUAGAAUGCAGUAACCUCUCAGGCGAUGAAUCGUGUGAGAACGUGGCAAUGGUGGGCGGUUGCUUCACAAACUUCCUUGGAAACAUUCCACAGUUCUGUCAGAAAUCGUGCACGGGCUGCCAGGCCAACACGGAUAUCUAUGUAUCGAAUGAUACAUGUAUCAUGAGAGUAUCUUUGAAGCGACCCAUAUCGACGACUCCGAUGUUGUGCCAGACGGGUGGCAACAUAGUGGCACUUGAAGUGGACAUGUACAGAGGCAUGAUAUUUUGGGGUGACAACAUCAAUGACGACUCAAGGAGGGGGCUGUACAGGGCCUACCUGGAUGCCAGCAACAUCACGCGAAUCAUCUCUGACGAUAUUGGCCGCAUAGAAGGCAUCUCGUUGGAUGUGCUGACUGGCAGCAUCUACUGGACGGACGCGGAAAGGGGCUACAUUGAGUCAUCAGACUACAACGGACGCAACAGGAGAAUCGUCGUGCACGCGGACAUCAUAGAGCCGAGAAGUCUCAUUGUUGAUCCUCUUAACGGAUGGUUGAUGUGGAAUGACCAGCAAAAGAAGACGAUAGAGAUGUCCAGGAAGUUAUUUUUCACCGACGCUGGUGAUCAGAGCAUCAAGUCCAUCACACUGAUGACGACGACCUCCACAACGACAUCCAACAACAACAACAUCAACAACAACAACAUCAACCACAACAACACAGUAUCAUCUGUCAAAUACACUGGAAACAUCUCUCUGACCAUUUCAGCGGUCCAAGUGGAGUUCACUCUUAAGGAUAUUUUAAACAAGACGGAUUUCCUGUUUGGACUGUUUGUAUCCCACGACGCACGGACGUUGUACACGACUACUUGGGAACAGAACAGUCUUAUAAAAGAUUCUUCAUCACCAAGAUGGAUGACGUCAUCUUCAUCAACAGCUUCCUGCAAAUGUUACUGUCCAUCUUAUGGAAAUAAAAUAUGGAUGGGUGAUGAACUGAAGUGUCAAGCUCCAACCAACUACUUCCUGAUCGCUGACAUGAUGAGCAUCAAGUUGCUGGGGGCAGAUUUGAAGGGUGACCGAUCAACGUACAUGCUCCUGACUGCUGGCCACAGCAGCAGCUUUAGUGCCGUCGCUUUUGACGCCAAACGGCAACUGCUGCUUUUCAGUGAUGUUAACAGUCGUGUGAUCAUGACCAUGAAGACUUCUGAUCCACCCAGCAGCAGCAACAACAACAACAACACAACAUCAUCACAGUCUUCCAAACAACAACCCCUGGCAUACAGCGUUGAAGGUGUCGUUGAUGACAUGCUCAUACAUGGCGACCACCUGUACUGGCUGGCGAACGAUGCUGGCAUUGUUGCCAGAGUCCUCCUGGCUUCCUUGGACAACAACAACACCACCAACGUCAAUAGAAAUAACAACAACAAUGCCAACAACAACACUAACUCUGAUAGUAGAAGCAGCAAGACCAAUAAAAUCAGUUACGAGACAUUGUAUUCCAACUUGAGUCUACCGAAGAACUUGGUCCUGUAUGAGAAGUCCAUGCAACUCUACUGGACUUGCGACAACUCACCUUCAGUUUGGAUGAUGAAUUUGAACAAUACGACCAACAACAACAACAACAACAAUUACAACAACGUCAUCACAUUCAACAUAACAUCGGUGGCCAGGCCUGUCUUGUAUAUUGACCAAGCAAAUGACUCCUUGUUCGUCCUCGACAAAUACAAUGGCCUCAUUCAAUCCUGCAACCUCGCUAAUCUAUCCUCGUACGAUGGAAAAACACCUCCCUGCAGCAAAGUUACGACACUACCGGGUUCAAACGCAAGCCUUUUCUAUUCCUUCCUCGUCAAGAACGCAGUUGUUUAUUACGUGGACUGGAACUCGAGAGCCUUCUACGCAUACAACUGGCAGACGAAACGACGGUCGGCACUGACCGAGAACCUCAGCAGGCCCACCAGGUUCCUCCUCCACCAUCCCUCCAAUCUCUCAGAUAAUUGCCGCCAGUCCCCCUGUGUGAACGGCUGCAACCCCAUAGUGGGAGGGUACUUUUGCAGCUGCCCCCCAGACCAGGUGCUCAGUUACGAUGGGUUCAAGUGCAUGCAGGGACAGUUCAACCAAUUUGCCGCAACAGAGCCCAAUUGCCGCAACAGAGCCCAAUUGCUGCAACAGAGUCCAGUUGCCGCAACAGAGCCCAAUUGCCGCAACAGAGUCCAGUUGCAGCAACUGAGUCCAGUUGUUGCAAAAGAGUCCAGCAGCAGAGCCCAGUUGCUGAACAUAAGGACUAGCCUCCAACCAUUACACCAUUUUGCAGUCCAUCAGAAAUAA